AUGACAUCACAUUCCACCUCUGCCCAGUGUUCGGCAUCUAACAGUGCUUGCAGAAUUUCUUCAGAAUAAAUCAGUCAGCAGGAUCACACUAUGGAUAUUCCAAGUCAAGAUCAAUUGAAGCACGGUACAGCAGAAUACUCCAAUCCCAGAAAAAGAACUGAAGAAGAAGACAUUCACACACUGCCUACCUCACGACGUAAACGCCAAGAUUCCAGAGCAGAUGAAGACUUGAUAGAACAUUUAUCUCAAGACGAGACGUCUAGGCUUGACCUUGAUUUUGAGGAGCGGGAUAUUGCUGGCCUGCCUUGGUGGCUUCUGGAGAAUCUGAGAAACAACUAUAUACCUAGAAGUAACGGCUCAACUGAUUUACAGACAAAUCAGGAUAUAGGUACUGCCAUCGUUUCAGACACUACGGACGAUUUGUGGUUUUCAAAUGAGACUGUGUCAGAGCAGUUAGGUGUUGGAAUAGAAGUUGAAGCUGCUAAUUCUGGGCAAGCAAGUGAAGUAGGGAAAACAAGUGACAAGAAGAUGGUUGAAGUAGGGAAAGAUGGUGAUCUUGAGGAGUCCAAGUCCUUAAGUGAUGAUACUGAUGUGGAAGUUACUCCUGAGGAUGAGUGGCAGUGUACGGAAUGCAAGACGUUUAAUGCUCUAAGCAAGAUGUACUGUUUUCGUCCCUGGUCCUUGAUGAAGGAUUGUUCUUCGGAUUGUUCUGAAUUAGCUCAUUCUCUCUCUGCAUCUAAUAUCUCUGCCAUACCUGAAAAGAAGAAGGACAAUGAAGGAAUCGCUGUCCCUGAUUCUAGGAGAACCAUUUCAGCUCCUGUUGUUAGGCCUGAAGAUGAAUUUCUAAAGGAGGAAAAGCCCAGGUUCGAUCCUUGCAACUCAGUGGAGUUUUGGGAUUUGGCUCAUGGCUCGGAAAGCCAAGAGAUCAUUUCAAGCACGAGAGAGCAAACAGAUAUUUUUUCUGAGCAGAAAACGGAAACAGAAAGUAUGGAAGAUUUCCAGAAUGUCUUGAAGCCGUGCAGCCUAUGUGAAAAAAGACCUCGGGACGGGAACAUUAUUCAUGGGAAGACGAGCCAUCUGACGACAUGUUUCCAGUGUGCCCAGAGACUGAAGAAAUCUGGGGCUUCGUGUCCUGCUUGUAAGAAAGAGAUUCAGUUGGUUAUUAAAGUUUUUAUAGCAUAG